AUGAGACAGGACAGCGGAGGAAACCUCAUGUUCAACAUGUAUCUCUCAGAUCCAACAGAAAACCUGUUGAAAGAAAGCAAAGGAACAUCUUGGGGUCCAAUAAAUACAGGAGUACAAAAAGGUAGCGGGCAGAUUCAGCUGUGGCAGUUCCUGCUGGAGCUCCUCUCCGACAGCACCAACAUGUCGUGCAUCGCCUGGGAGGGCACCAACGGGGAGUUCAAGCUCAUCGACCCGGACGAGGUGGCCCGGCGCUGGGGGGAGCGCAAAAGCAAACCCAACAUGAACUACGACAAGCUGAGCCGCGCUCUGCGCUACUACUACGACAAAAACAUCAUGACCAAAGUCCAUGGCAAGCGCUACGCCUACAAGUUUGAUUUCCACGGCUUGGCGCAGGUGUGCCAGCCGUCCACCACGGAGCAAGCCAUCUACAAGUUUCAGAGCAAUUUCGCCCCGAUACCCUUCUCCGGGAUUUCCAAGUUGAACCUCGUUGCGCCCGGCGUUGGGCCGUCAGGUUUCUCCUACUGGCCUGGUUCCCCACCGGCGGCCCUGUAUCACAGCCACAACCUCCAGCCUCCUGGGCCUUUUGGUACCGUGUCCACCUCCCACAUCAGCUGCGUCAACAACAUCAACAACCUGAAUAACAUCAACAACCACUACAACUGA